AUGUAAACAGAGUAAAAAUAUAACACUUAAGUAAUGAAGUCUUUAGUAUCUAACUUUUCAUAAUCUAGAUAGCAAAUGUAGGAGAAAAAAAAUGUUUUGGAUAAUAUGGACAAAAUGAAAAAGACAUUUGAUUAAAUUGGUAGUAUGUUGAAUGGAUAGCUAAACUAUAUCAAGAAUUUCAAUAGCCAAGCAAAUAACAAAGGAGAUGGAGAAGAUAAACAUUUAGAAUUUAAGAGAUAUUGUGAGAAAUUUUUGGAUAUAAUGAAAUAGGAGUUAAUUGAUUUAUUGGGAAUUAUUAAACUAAAUUUUAAUCCAUAAAAGAAAGAUGUAAAAGCUGAUUUGUCUUGGGAAAAAAUGCAGUUUUCAAUUGAAAAUGAGAUUGAAAACGUUAGAAAUUCCCUCAAUUAAAGUACAAACUACUUUGAAAUCGUAUUUAGGAUGAUAAAUAUCAAAGAUGGUUUAGUUUCAUAAAUUAUAAGAUCUCUUUUGUAUAGAAAACUAGUUUUAUGGAGAGAUAUGAAUAUGACUAUGGAUGAAUAUGUACACGCUUAAAUAAAAUAUAUAAUUGAUUGGAUCAAAUUUUAAAAUGAAAAGUAUAACUAUAUACCUACUAAACCAGAAUUCAAAGAAAUUAAUUUUAAAAUGGAUGGUCCUUUUUAAAUUUUGUAGAAUAUACAGACAACAAAUUAAAAUCAAAAUUAAACAUUUUAAUAUGGAUAAAAUAAAAAAAAUACAAACCAAGAUGAACCAAGCACUGCUAAACUAACAGUUAUGUUGAAGAUAUUUACAGAAAAUUUUGAUGAAAUGAUAGAUAAUUUGAGAGAUUAUGCAAAACUUAAUGAAGAGGCUGAUAGAUUCGUAGAUGUCAACUAAAACUAAGUUAUAGUUAGAUCUUUAAGAGGAAAAAUAGAAACCUUAACCAAAAAUAAUGAAGCUUUAUAGCAAAAAUAUUAUGAAAUUCAAUCAAAUAUCAGAACUUAGGAUGCCAACGAGGUAAAAAAAUUGAAAGACCAUAACGAGGAAUUGCAAAUGAUAGUGGCAAGAAAAGAAAGAGAAAUAGAAGAAUUAAGAAAAAACACAUAAGGAAGUUUGAGCUAACUAUAAAACUUAAGAGAUAAAUUGAAAGAAACAGAGGAAGAACUUAAGCAGGUAAAUAAAGUCUUUCUUCCAAAACUGAAAGAGUUAGAAGCUAUUUAAUAUACACUCCAAGACGAAUUCCAAAAAGUCAAAAAAGAUAUAGAUACAUAUGCAAUACUUUUUAAGACAGAAUCUUAAAUGAGAUCAAAAGUUUAAAUAGAAAAGAAAGAAAUUGAAGCUUAGGUAGCAAAGCUAGUUGAUAUGUUAGGAAGAGAAAAAAAUAAAGUGAAAGAUCUAAAGGGAAUUAUACAUUAAAAGGAGGAAAUUAUUAUGGAAGUUAUGGAUUAUAGAUAAGAGCUUUUAAAUUAAAUAAAAGAAUUAUAGAGCUAAAAGCAAGAUAUUUAAAUAGAAAACUUACAACUUGAAGAACAUAUUACAGAAAUCAAACAGGAACUUUCGAACAAAAAAUAUGAUGAAAUGUUUGAAAUCAAUACACACUUAAAUAAAAGAAUUAAUGAAUUAGAAGACCAUAAAAAGAAAUUACUUGAUCUACUCAAAAAGCAUAAAAUAAAUCCUGAGUCAACUUUAUUUAAUGUAGAAUAAUUAAAAUGA